GCGUGAUAGGUGGGCGUAGUCAUCAACAUCACAGUAUCAACAAACAGCUUAGAUAUAGCUAAGCUAGACUUAGACUAGACCAAGGUGAGCAGUGUACAGUGUAGAGGAGGGCCCUAUACAGUCUGUGAGGUUGUGUGUGUGAGGAUGUCUACAGUGAAACCUCUCCACCUGGCCAAGAGCCUGACAGAGUUGAACAAGCUGGUGGAUACCAAGACACUGGAUGGAGCCACUCCUAAAGGGUUGUGUCGCUCGGCUGAUAAGCUUCUGUUACGUGCUACCUCUGAGAUCCUAGCUGGGGACCAGGAGCUAGCCUAUAUACUGUACAUGAGGUUCGUAGAUGUUGUGAAAGCCGUAACUGGCAGCAAAGAAUACAAGAAAGAUAAAACAGAACUCAGCAAGUUAUUACCCACUCGGAGGAUUAGUGAAGCACUGACAAAAGCAGAGAGUCUGUCAUCUUGUCUAGAGGAAAGAUAUGCACAGCUUAACGAGGAUCAAGUGGUACCUAUCAGUGAGCUGGAACCUGUCUCCAUGGCAACAUCCACUAAUGUCUCUAAACCACUGCAGGCCACACCCCCACCACUCACGCCCACACAACUGUACACUCUCCUCACGUCCACGCCCACACAAGUGCUCGUGAUUGAUUGUAGACCGAGAGCUUCGUACAAUGCCAGUCAUCCAGACAGUAGCAAAUACCCGCAAUGGUUGAGCAUACCAGAGGAGGCUGUCCUUAAAGGACUAACUGAACGCUCUGCUGAAGCUUUCCUCCGAGCAGCUGGGAAGGUCCUCUGGAGGGAGAGGGAGAAACUGGCUACCGUGGUGAUGAUCGAUGAGGCGUCAUCAACCGACCAAUCAGAAGUUCCCAUACUUGCCCUCCGAGAUGCACUUACUAAGUGGUCCGAUGGGCACUCGUUAACCCCUCCUAACCCCUAUAUUCUGGACGGGGGUUAUAAUAUGUGGUAUCUGUCAUAUCCUGUCACUACUGUUGGCCGCUACAAGCCGUCACAGAGGUCAGGGGUCAAGGAGGAAAAGGUCGAAGAAGAAACCUCUCAACUGUCAUAUCCUACUCUUGAAGAGUCGAUUGAUCUAGUGAACUCUGACCCCUCAAGCAGUGACCCCUCUUCAGUUAGCAUCGAUAUGGACGAAGCUGUUACCAUAGAAACACCAUCAGCCCCUCAACCGAACGUUGCUAUGGAUCGUUAUGUUGUUAACAAUGUUGGAGCUAUUCAACCAUCAGGGAUGGAUAUGUAUCUGCCAUCGUUCCCGGUGUAUGCCCUCCCCCCGGCCCCUCUCGUACCCCUCAGUCUAGAGGGUGAGAGUGAACUAUUAGCCCCUAGUCUAUCAGAGGAGAUACCAUUCUUGCCUAUAGAAGAGGAACAGAACGACAUGUAUCAAGAGUUCGGAAUAGUCUCCCAACAUGCUCUUAUAGACACUCCAUUCCCGGGAGGCCACGCUCCUUUAUUCUAUCAACCACAACCUUCGCUACACUACAAUCCUCAGCCUAUGAUGUAUGUGCAACCGCACCCAGAGCCACACCCACUUCCUGUGCACGCAGGUCCUGAUACUAACAGAGUGAUCAACGGGCCAAUCCCUAACCCCCCAUCAUACGAACAAUCGCACAGCCUACCUCCACUGGCCCCUGUACAACCACCACUACCUCCACCCGUCUCAGCCAACCAGUUCAACCAGGCACAGAACCAGUCAGACGGGUUUAUGCAAUCAACGGACACUCGAGACGCUCGAAUACGUGAGCUAGAGGAGCGAUUGGCCAGUACAGAGAGAGCAGCACAGGAGAGGAAUCAAGCUAGAGAUGAUGCACGCAAGGCGCAAGAGGGAGAGUUGCUGUCCCUUAGGGAACUGGUGAAUAGUGACAGAGCUAAACUAGCAGAGGAUACACAGCGCAAGCAACAGGAGGUGGAGUUGGCACGGGCACAGCUAGUCAGGGAGCAACAGCUUGCCACUGCCACGCUCGAGGCUCAGAGGAGAGCUCUAGCUGAAGAGAAGAAGAGAAUGACCCUAGAGUCACGACAAGUGGCAGCCAUGAAGAUACAGUUUGAGAGAGAGCAGAAGGAAAUGUCAGCCCACCGUGAGGCAAUGAGGGAUCAGGUGGAGGCUAAGAGAAGAGAAGAGCAACAGAGAGUCUUUAGCUUACAGAGUGGUCUCCCUGCAGGAUGGGAGAAGAGGUUGGACUCAACUAAUGGCCGCUUCUAUUAUGUUGAUCAUGAGACUAAGACCACUCACUGGAAUCCUCCCACUAACUGGAUCAACUAUCAGAGAGCACGAGAAGCGGAGGUGGAGAGACGCCAACCACCCCCUCAAACUCCCCCACAACCUUCUGUACCGCCCCCUCAACCUACCAGCACACCACCCACUCAACCUAUCAGCACACCGCCCACUCAACCUACCAGCCAACCGCCCCCUCAACCAGCAACAGCUCCCCCUAAGGAAUCAGGAGUACCUAGUGUGGAUAGAGCUGCUAAACCAUCCUCUGAUCCAACUUUGACUUCUGAUACUGGCCCUGUAGUACCGGAUCGGAGCAAGAAGCCUGUUGCUAAGCAACCCAUCAUUGUCAUGACUCCUGCAAUGAAGCAACAGAAGCAACAAAACCUUCAAGCUGUGUUCGGGACGAGGAGACAUGUACUGACGGGUCUGCGUAACCUUGGCAACACAUGCUACAUGAACUCCACCCUCCAAUGUCUUGCGUGCACUAGUCCAGUCAUUCAAUACUUCAUCAGUGGCAGCUACCAGCAGCACAUCAACCAUUCCAACCCCCUGGGCACACGAGGACAGAUUGCUAUGGAGUUUGCGUGGCUCAUGAAGGCACUCUGGUCUGGAGGAUACAAGUCUGUCUCUCCCCGGGACUUCAAGGAUAUGAUUGGUCAGUUUGUGCCACAGAUGAAAGGUAACGACCAACAAGACUCUCAGGAAUUCCUAGCCUUCCUAUUGGACGGACUACACGAGGACAUGAACAAGGUCAUGAAGAAGGUGUAUAUAGCCGAAGGUGGAGGUCAAAGUACAGAUCAGUCCAAAGCCGCUCAGCUAGCGUGGGAGAAUCAUCUCCGUAGAAACGAUUCAAUCAUUGUCAAAUUCUUCCAGGGAAUGUUUCGGAGUAGCAUCAGAUGUAUUGGUUGUGGGAAGAGCUCUGUGACCUUUGAACCCUUCAUGUACCUGAGCCUGCCGAUCCCUCCAGGUCAAGGUUCAUACUCUCUGGAAGAUUGCAUCAAAAUGUUCAUUAAGACAGAAACUGUCGAAUGGAACUGCCCUAAUUGUAAGGACACCCGAGGCAGUGCUGUUAAGAAGAUGGACAUAUGGAGACUCCCUCCAGUCCUCCUCAUUCACCUCAAGAGGUUCUCCUAUCAGGGACUGUGGAGAGAGAAGAGGCAGAACACCAUCAACUAUCCCGCAGAGUCGGCUCUGGAUAUGACCAAGUUUGUGGCUGGUUCUAAAGGUUACAAAAGCUUCUCCCUCUACUCAGUCUCCAACCAUUACGGUACUCUGACUGGUGGUCAUUACACUGCGUGCUGUCGCAAUCCCUACAAUAAAGCAUUCUACAAUUUUGAUGACCACGAAGUCAAAGAAGCGCUCCCAAGACAAGUCAAGAGUGCGGCUGCCUACAUCCUAUAUUAUAGUGCAGUGGAUCUCACUCCAGCUAAAAUGAGCUUCACUUAGUCAACAAACAUAAACAGUUAAUAUCAGUGUUUUGUGUUCAUUCAAUGCUGCUUAAGUUAGUCUUGCUCGGUUAUGAGAUAAUUAUUUCUGUAAACUGUUUGUUUGAAGCGUGACUUCCAUAUAAUUAUUGCUAAAUAAACUGGA